GCAGCUUGAUAGUGUCGCUAAAGACACCUGUUCUCGUUCCCUCCCAGCAGGAGCAGCUCUGAGAGGCGCAAGGAGAAGUCCCGGGACGCGGCGCGCUGCAGGCGGAGCAAGGAGACGGAGGUGUUCUACGAGCUGGCCGGCCAGCUGCCGCUCCCCCACAGCCUCACCUCCCACCUGGACAAGGCCUCCAUCAUGAGGCUCGCCAUCAGCUUCCUGCGCACACGCAAGCUGGUCACCUCCGACAGCAGCAUCGGUGACUGUGAGCCGGAGAAACAGAUGGACAGCCUCUACCUGAAGUCUCUGGAGGGGUUUGUCACUGUGGUGACCUCCGAUGGCGACAUCGCCUUUCUGUCCGACAACAUCAGCAAGUUUAUGGGCCUCACACAGGUGGAGCUUACUGGUCACAGUAUCUUUGAUUUCACCCACCCUUGUGAUCACGAGGAGAUCAGGGACAACCUGAGCCUGAAGACGGCCGGAAAUGGAUUUGGUAAGAAAGGUAAAGAACUGAGCACCGAACGAGAUUUUUUCAUGCGGAUGAAAUGUACCGUGACCAACCGGGGACGCACCGUCAACCUGAAGUCUGCCAGCUGGAAGGUGCUGCACUGCAUGGGCCACGUCAAGAUGAUCAGCAGCAGCUGCCCUCCGCGCUCCGUGCUCUGCGGCUACAAGGAGCCCCCGCUCACCUGCGCCGUGCUGAUGUGCGAGCCCAUCCCCCACCCCUCCAACGUGGACACGCCCCUGGACAGCAAGACCUUCCUAAGCAGACACGGCAUGGACAUGAAGUUCACCUACUGCGACGACAGGGUGAAUGAGUUGAUGGGCUACAGUCCUGAGGACCUCCUGGGACGUUCUGUCUAUGAGUUCUACCACGCCCUGGAUGCAGACACCGUCACUAAGAGCCAUCAGAAUUUGUGCAGCAAGGGACAGGCUGUGAGCAGCCAGUACCGCAUGCUGGCUAAACACGGCGGCUACGUCUGGGUAGAGACCCAGGGAACCGUCAUCUAUAACAGCCGCAACUCACAGCCACAGUGUAUCGUCUGCAUCAAUUAUGUUCUCAGUGACAUCGAGGAGGAGUCCACCGUGUUCUCCAUGGAGCAGACAGAGUUCACUCCCCGUCCCAUAAGCAGCUUCUUCAGCGCCGCGGGCUCCUCCCCGGGUGCCGGCGAGCGGGCCGAGCCGCUCUUCACCAAACUCAAGGAGGAGCCGGAGGACCUACUGCAGCUGGCGCCCACGGCCGGCGACGACGUCAUCCCCCUGGACUUCGGUCCCUCUGACUUUGAUGAGCCAGCGUAUACCCAGGUCCCGGCCGCCCCGAUGGGCCCACCGGCCCCGGGGCCCGGAGACAUGGCUCACAUGGGGGGCACCUUUACCUCUGCCCAGCCUCCGCCUCCUGGCAGUGCUACACCGAGUCUCAGCAGCUGCUCUACGCCCAGCAGCCCUGAUGAAUACUACAGCUCAGCGGACUGUGACCUGAAGGUCGAACUGACUGAGAAGCUGUUUUCUCUGGAUACGGAUGAUAUCAACAGCACUGCAAACACUGAGGGGGAUCUGAGUGACCUGGACCUGGAGACCCUGGCUCCCUACAUCCCCAUGGACGGGGAGGACUUCCAGCUCCACCCCAUCGUCCCCGACCUGGAGCCCAUGGAUCCGGGCUCCACCGCGGGGUCCCUGGCGGGGUCCCACACGGGCCCCCAGCACGGCUUCAACGCCAUCGCCAGCCUCUUCCAGCCUCUGUCGGCCCAUGGCAAGAGCGAGGGCCACUACACCUGGGGCCCGGGGGAGAAGAGAGGAGCCCCCCACACCCAGGGCCCCGUUGACCCCAGAGUGGGCUCCUGCAAGGAGAACCACGGCCGGAUGGCGCCUCACCAAGUCCAGGCCAGCACCCCUCUGUCCUCCAUGGGCGGCAGGCAGAACGUCCAGUGGCCCCCGGACCCCCUGUUAACAUACCAGUGUAGUCAGCGGGGGCCGGGGGGCUACUCUGUGGAGCGCCCGUCAGGAGAGGAGCGCCCCACCUGUCAGAAGAGUGGUCUGAUGAGAAGGUCAAUGGAACCCUUUGGACAGGCCUGCAGGGACAUGAGUCCGGACAGAACCAGCAACAUGAAACGGCCCUUCAACCAGAUGGUGGUGAGUGAAAGCAAUCGUUCAGAAAUGAUAUGGAAGAAGAUGAGAGGCAACAGCUGUGCUACCAUAGAUCGCUCACACAGCUCUGGACCACUGGCAGAGCCAGGCAUUGGAGCAAUGAUGCCAGGGAGCAUGUCCCAGAGACUCAGCCAUCUGCACCAGCACAGGGAAUUCCAGUUUCCAGGAAGUGGGUCAAUGGGUCCCACCAAGAAAGCCUUCCCCCAACAGUGCAGCUACACAGAAUACAACAGGCUGCCGUCCCACACAAGAGAGGGUGUAGUGAGUCGUCUGCUGGGCCCGUCGAUGGGCUCCUGCUACCUUCCCGAGCUGACACGCUACGACUGUGAGGUCAACGUCCCACUGCAGGGCAACCUCCACCUCCUCCAGGGCUGUGACCUCCUGAGGGCCCUGGACCAGUCAGCCUAGAGCAGGGCCUCCAUCACCCCAUCGCCAGGCCCUCCUGGUGCUGGGGCCCUGCCUUGGGCCUCCAAUGCUCAACUCCCCAUUGAAUGGUAUCCCCACUCACAACCCGCCCCGUGUUGUGCAUCCGCUUGCGUGUCGCAAUGGAAGUGGUGGAGCAAGGCCAACAAUCGCCCCAACACACACACACACACACACACACACACACACAAAUGUACACACACACACACACACACAUACACACGCACACACACACACACACACACACACACACACACACACACACAUACACGCAUACACGCACACACUCACAUAUACACGCACACACACACACAUACACACGCACAUACACAUACACACACACACAAACACACACACACACACACACACACAUACACAUACACACAAACACACACACACACACACAUACACAUACACACACACACACACACACCAAAAGGGGGAACAACUCUAGUAAGGUGACACACCGUAUGUCUACAAUUUUCAGAUGGGUUUCAAAGACCGCGUAACCCCAAGUUUAGUACCCAUAGUCUGACUAAACUUUAGCCAUUGUGUGUACAAACCCCAAGUUGUGAAACAUAUCUCAAGUUUCUAUUACACUCGGCUAUACUAUUAACUAUAGGCUAGACAGUAUACUACCUAUUAAGCAUUAAUAGCAGCACAAAAAAGUAUAUUUUUUAAAUGUUCCCAUCCAUUCCCUCUAUUUCCCCUUUGGAGAUAAAUAUCGAAAAGUGUAAAAUGUUUUAAGGAACACACACAAAAAAUCACAGAUACACAUACGUAAACCAUAAAUACAAAAAAGUUCUGAGUCAAACUUUGACUCCUUCAUAAAUGCUAAUUUUGUUACAGUCAAACUAUUAUCAUCUGUAUCAUUGUCACUUAAACAAAUAGAUUGCACAAUACCUUUGUUUUUUCUUUUCCUACCUUAUUCCAUUAUAGUUAUCUCUAUUUUACCAUUAGUUAAGCUGUUUUGGGGUCAACUUUGUUUAAACAAAUUAUGCAUAUUAUAUCAUUCUUAUAGUUGUUACUUUGUUAUUGUGUUCAACAUUGUUUGUGCUUUUUAUCAAAUAAUUAUUUUUUAUUAUUUUGCAAACCUACCGUAUUGGUUUGGUCAUUCUCCUAUCAUUUUAAUCUGCCUACAUUAUCUCCCAGCAACUUUAAUAACCACAGCAAUACACAUACAUUACUGCAAUACACAUACCCAACCGAAAGUAUAAUAUCAAAUUUUGGUUAUUCUAUCUUUUUAAAUUUUCCUCCUAAAUCAGACUCUCUCUUGGUUCAGUUUACCAUUAUAUUUAAAGCGGUUAACACACUCUUCUGAACUUAUUUAUAUUUAUAUAGAUAAAAUAAAAACAUAAAUAUAAAAUAUAAAAUAUAUAAAUAUAAUUUUUGGGGUAAAAGCAAACUAAAGGUUUGGUUAAAGCAAACAAAAUGUAACUCACAAAACUGCCUUCACGUUAAUGCCUCCCCUUUUCCAUUUUGCACUGUCAGUGCUUCCCAUUAUUUUUUCCUUUCUAAUACUCUGGUUGUUGUCUUUGUGUGGUGACCACUUUUCCAAGAUGAAUAGACCCUUGUGCACAUUUGCAUUAUGUAUUUAAAAGAUGGAACUAUGAAUCUAUAAAGAUAGUGUUUUUAGUAGUCAUGUGUGUUGGUACUUUGUCCUUGACUACACCAGAUGCUGGUUUCCUUCUUUCGUUUAGCUGUUUCUGUGUUGUGCCGUUUAUUAUGUCAGAGUGUUAUGCUAAAAUGUAUCUAUUUAAUCUGUUCGCAGGCCAGUACUGUUCUCGUUCUUGCUUUAAGAGGAAAAAUAAACUCAGAACAAAAAAAUAUGAAAUAUAAAUAUACAUUUUCUAUGUUUCACUUUUUUGAUAUGUAGCAUUUAAAAUAUUGUAAACAAGGCAGAGUUAGCACAAAUCAUAUCACAGCCUUUUUACAAUGACUCAUACAUAGACAAAGACACUUCUUAGAAAGCUUUUUUGUGACACCUUUGAUCAACUAACAACUUUUCGCUCAUGAUCGUACUGAGAUUGUCUUCAAAGCUGUAUUGAGAUUGACGUGAAUUUCCUUAGGAGUUGCUGGCCUCAAAAUUGACCCAUCAAGUGCACACCCUCCCAGUAUUUGAGGAUCAGUAUACAGUGUAUGUUAGGUAACUGCAAUAUUAUGUUGUUAAAGGACCACUAGGACGUUUGACAUAUUUUCGAUUGCCUAUCUAUCUGCAUGGGUGGGAUCUAACUCAACAAUUUUCCGUCUCAAGAGAACAUAUGUUAUUGAGAGCAAAAGUAUGUAUACAUUAUAUAAAAUCAUUAUUUGGUCAAAAAUCUUUCUUUGUGCACCUUUUUCAUUUUACUGGUAGGCUGGCUUCCUAGAAUAACCAUUUUGUGUUGGCUGGUCUAAUUUGGUUGGGUUUUCUUAAGUUCCCUGUAAAGCACCCAUUUAGCUCCAAUGGAAUAUGUGAUUACUAAAUUAAAGUGCAUCAGGGGUCUCUAUCUUCUUCAAAUAUAGUUAUGAUAGAACCCCAAUGGUGAAGACUGACGAGCAGUGAAAGUGCUGUGGAGUGAGAUUGUGUGAAGUUAUUAAAGCCAACCAUAUGAGCGUAAACGUUCCACUGAGGUCAACCCCAGUGGACUUCUUUGAUGUCAUAGAACAUCCUGCUUAUCCCUUCUCUAAGGCCUGUGUCUUGUUCGGAUGUCAAAAGGCCAAGAAAAAAUGACAAGAGUGCCAAAUAAGUCUGCAGAACGAGCAAAGGGCCAUACUAAAUGAGUCUUUAAGUCUUAUGAUGUUGACCUGAAUAUGUCUAAUGAUACACUGGCCACGCUGUGUGGUUCGUCAGGGACCAUUACUAUGGGCAGGAUCGGAGGGAGCUGGAGGUGACAAGAAGGCACAUUAAGGAAUGGUCUAUUUAUUAAGAUAUUUCUUUUCAAAGCGGGUUACCGCUUGAUGUUUCGAAGGCCUAAGUAAGGAGGGAAAACGUCAAAAUGUACAGUUGGGCAUGUCAGAUGAAACAAAUAUCGUUGGAAUGAACUUCUUACAGCCAAGAAGUCCAGUAUGUUGCCUGAUGAUGCUGAGGAGAGUAGGGUGGCUGGUGUUGAGUUUUGAGGCUGCACAGCCUGUCCCUUGGUGCCUGUCUCUCUCUCUCACUCUACCGUUCACCUUCCAACUCCCUUUUGUCAGUUAUUUUGUUUCAGUUUGACCUCGUAAGAGGCUCCGGUUGCGAUAAACUUUUUGUCUCCAGCGUGCUCAGCUGGUUAAACCAGCUCUCUGACCCCAAUGUAGUGUGCAUACUCGACAUGUAGGUCGGGGUGCUGGUUGAAUUUUUUAUUUUUUUUGACAGACAAAGCGACGUCCGAAACGGAUUCACUGUUAAAUCCAAAGACAUGACACACUAUGGGAACCCUCCGUCGUGGUUGUCGCGGUGCCAAAAAAACCUUGGAAUGCGGGACAUUUCCUUUCCUAAUGGUCCCAGCUAAGAAUAACACACAAGGGCAGAACAUGAAAAGAUGCACAAUGUCGGGCCCUCCCUAUUAUUUAUUUUUUCUUGGACGCUCAACAAUGACCACAGAACUCUGUGUCCCUGCCGUUCAAUAGCUAUAGAUGGUUGGACCUUAAAUAUAAGAACAUAAGUACGUUCAUUAAAUAAACAUAUAAACAAAGUUCAUGAAUAAAUCGAACAGUGUAAAUAGGUAUAGUUAAUGUUUGAUGAGAUAAAGUGGGUAUGUAAGGGUGUGAAUAGAUUAAGUAUAUCCUAGAGCUGGACUGAUUCCCUUUAAGAUACCUGGUUAGCACCACAUUUGAAAAACAUAUUUUGUGAUUAACAAAUAUAUGCACAUUCCAUUUUAUUUUAUCCCAAAUUAUUAUAAUCUCAAAUAUAUUAUCAAGUCUCCAUGCCUAACAUUUAAGCAAUAUGACAUUCAGUUCCUAAAGGCGUUUGUUUAAGUAUAUUUGCAAUAUCUAGUCCAAAUUGUAUAGAGGUAAUAAGGGAGGUGAUAAUGUCGAUCCAUCAUAUCCUAUGACUACACAAUAAACAUCUUUGUUCACGGACGCUGAAAAAACUGUUGAUGCAUAUUUAGUUUAAUAUUUAAUUUGGAGUUUGUUAUUUGUGAGUCUUUGUUUAUAUUUGAAGUCAGAACUGAAGACCAAUUGGAAGUAUUUGUCAUUGUAUUCAAAGAUUUAGAUUUAAAGAAAAUGAGUUACUUAAAAAAUUACUUGAAUUAUAAAUUUAAACCAAAGCAAUUUGAAUACUGAAAACAAAUGAUGACAUUAUCAAAGUUGCUCUAUUAUUUAUUUCUUAGUAUUUUUUUUAACACACUAAAUAUGAUUGUGGUGCUAAAUUGUGUCUGGAAAAUCAGAGGACAUCAGUGCUAGUGAAUUUGAAACAAGUUGUUUCUUUCUUUUUUUUUUAUCCUUUUUAUUGCAGAUUAAGAUAGACAGGAAGGUAUGUGAGAGAGAGUGAAUGACAUACAGUAAAGGACCACGGUCAGGAAGCUAACCCGGGUCGCUGUGGUAGGGACUGAGCCUUUAAUGGUACGCACUCUACUCGAUGAGCCACCGGGGCGCCCCCGAAACAAGAUGUUUCAAACGUUACUUUGCUCCCGUGUGUGAAUAUGCAUGAUGGCAGUUGAUUUAGAAAAAUACAACAAUCACAAGUCUAGAUCUUUGGAUUCUGUGUCACUUGAAGGGCAAUUUUAAAAUUGUAAUUCACUCUAUCCUCUCUGAAGACAAUCUCAGCUGACUUCUUAUAAUCAGAUUGUUGUUUUGGUUCCUGUUUUUUUGCUUUUGAGCGGUUUCUUCUUUUAUGGUAUACAUUGCAGUUCUAGAUAAUUAUGUUGUUUUUUUAUGCAAAAUAUGGACUAUUAUAUCCUAUUGUUAUUAUUAUGAUUGUUAUUUGGUAUUGUCUGUUUGUUUCUGCACUGAUAUCUUAAUAAAGCAUACUGCUCUUACCAACUGA